UGUCUUGUCGGUACUUUUCAACGCAACAUUGAACAUUAGCAAAGUAAAAUUUUGCUUAUUUUACCAGUUUACGUGUGCAUGCAUUUCGAUUAAUAUCAAUUUAUAAAUGGCAGUUCCUCAAGUUUUUGAGCUAAAAUGUGCAGUCCAGCAAUAUGCAUGGGGUAAAAUAGGACAAGAUAGUGAAGUUGCCAGACUCAAAUCAAGUGUGGACUCUACCUUUAAAGUUGAUCCAGAAACCACCUAUGCUGAGCUAUGGAUGGGCACACACCCAAAUGGUCCCUCUAUUGUGAGUAUUCCUGGAAAAGAGGAAAUCCCAUUGUCGGAGUGGGUGGAAAAACACCCAGAUCAGUUAGGACCAGAGGUUCGGUCAUUUUUUAAAGGAAACCUGCCAUUUUUAUUUAAAGUACUGUCAGUAAGAACAUCCUUGUCUAUUCAAGCACACCCAAAUAAGGUGCAUGCAGAACUCUUACACAAGACGCACCCAGAUCUCUACAAAGACCCUAACCAUAAGCCAGAGAUGGCUAUAGCGCUGACACCUUUUACUGGACUGUGUGGGUUUAGGCCAAUCAAAGACGUUGCUCACUUUUUACAAAGUGUUGAUGAAUUUCGUGAAGCUGUGGGAGAGAAAGCUUGCAAGUUGAUAACAGCAAGCCAUUCCAUGGACAUGCCUCUUCACCGCGAGGCGAUGAAGGAUUCCUUUAUGGCUUUAAUGCAACGGGACAGCAAAAUUGUUAGCAGAGCUUUAACUGCCCUUGUUGACAAAGUGAAAAAUCUAAAGAAAUCCUCUGGAAAUAUCAAGCCUUAUGAGGGUGAUGUUCUACUGAAGCUGGAUAGCGAAUUCCCUGGAGACAGAGGCUGUUUUGCCAUAUAUUUUCUAAACAUUGUCAACCUUGAGCCAGGAGAGGCUAUGUUUCUGGAGGCAAAUCUUCCUCAUGCAUAUUUAUCUGGAGACUGCAUGGAGUGCAUGGCCUGUUCUGACAAUGUGGUGCGGGCUGGUCUGACACCAAAGUACAUUGAUGUCCACACACUGUGUGAGAUGCUGGACUACACUGGUCGGCCAGUCAACAGGACAAAGUUCCUGGGCAUUGAAAGCCACAGUAACAUACAUAUCACAAUCUUCAACCCUCCUGUCCCAGAUUUUGGUGUCUCCAAGUAUGAGGUGCCUGCAGGAACUUCUAGCUUUCAACUUCAAGGCUUUGAAAGUGCCAGUAUUUGUAUAGUUGUCAAAGGUCAAGGGGAGGCCACCAGCCAAACUUUGGCAGAGCCAUUGAAGCUGCAGCCUGGCAGAGUGUUUUUUGUUGCUGCGGAAGCUGUUGUUAAUAUUGCACUAGAUGAUAGCCAUCCAAUGUUAAUGUUCCGUGCCUAUUCUGGUGUUUUUUAACAAGAGUGCUCCCCCUUAGUUUAUGAUUUGCAUGGGAAAAGAAUAAAACUGGUGUUGGCUAAAAAAAAAUGCUUAAGAAUUAAAGCAGUCAAUAACAUGAUCUAUAGUGCUUUUAGAUGUAAGAAAUUAGUUUUAUUUCUUAUUUUUAGACAAUCCAAAUAUGUUUUCCAUCAUCGAAAUCCAACUUCAUUUAAUAAGUUUUUAACAUCAAGUCUAAUAUUUUAGCUUUCGUAACAUGAAAGUAAUAAGGGAAGUAGUGUAAAUCAUUUUUAAUGUGAUCUUUUUAAUGUUUGCAUGUUGCCAGGUAGCCAAGAUGUUUUUCUUUUAUAACUAUUGAUCAAUAUAGCCCUUUAACCAAAGCAUCUUUAUUAAAAAAAUGUUGUCUUUGUAAAUUGAAUGGGUGAUGCCACAUUGGCCUUUUAUUGCAUAUCUCUUUUUAUAAACAUUACAUACUCUUUUGGGCAAACUGUGUUGAGGGGUUUUAAAAUUAUUAUUUUAUUUAACUUCUUAAAUGUUUAUUUUUGAAUGCACGACUAUGAGAUAUAAUUUCAGAGCAUCGUUUUGCAUGUGAUUGGUAGAUAUUUUAUCAUAGGUUACCUAUGUGAGCUGGUUGUAUUUUAAGAAUACAGGGAGAUAACCUGUACACAAGGGAGAUCAGUAUCAACAGCUGAAACAGGAAAUGUUGAAAUUAAAAUGGAGGCCAAACAGAAUAAGAUAUUUUUGUUAAUAUAUGUAACCGAUAGAAAAAUUUGUGUAAUGUUUUGUAAAUUUUUAAUGCAAGUUUUAAAAAUGUAAAUAACCCUUUUUUAAUUGGCUAUCAAGUUUCUGUACUUUUUGCUUUGACAGUGAAGGCUGAUCUCAGAUUAAGGAAUAAUUUAUUUAUAAAUGGGCAAAUAACUUAACUAGACCAGUCAUGUAUAAAAAUUAAUUUAUUUAAUAAUAUUAAUUUUUGCCUUUAAAUAAUUUAAUUUCUUACCAUUUAAAUAGAGUGUGUAAAUACAGUAAAGCUAGAGCAUGUAUUUUUGGCCUUUUGUUGAUGCUGUGUAGUAGUCCCACCAGUAAAAAAUGUAUUACACAGUAUUGCAUGGCUGAGUGGAGGUUUUUGAACCCAUGUAUACUCAGGGGUUCCUCUAGUUUGUUCUAUCUUUAUACUUGCUUCAUUUCUUGCAUUUUACCUCUCUAAAUUUCAAAUUAGCUUGAGUAGAAAAUUUUUCCCUGAUUUAGCAGCCAUUGUUUAUUUUCUUUAUAACAUAUGGUGGAAUACUUCUGAAAAAAACCCAAAAAAACCUAUUUAGUAAAUUUUGCUUAAAAUUUUAAUUGCUUGCUUAAUGAACUAAUUACUAAUGAAGCAAUUUUCCCUCACUGAGACCACAAAGAUCUGUUGAUGUAAAAAAUGUUUUUUUCACCACUUCUGCAUGUACUCAUUUAUUUUAACAAGUUUUUGAUUGGCAAACCAUUUUAUUAAAAAAAAAUUAUAAGUAUUAUACUGUUAUUACACUUUUAAAAAAAUUAUUGUAAAUCUCAAUACACACACGCUCUUAUUUUAGUUGGAAAUUUUUAACCAGGUUUGUAUUUUUUGUGUGUAAUUUUUGUAAUAGCAGAUUAUGUAUCCUUUGCUUUCUUUUUAGUUAAGAUAAUCCCAUAUUGUCUCCCAUUGAAGGAGACUUACAUAGCCAGGGGAGCUCACUAACCAUAUUUCUGUCAUGGAAAAAGAAAAAUAUUCUUUUUUUUUUCAGUAUAAGGUGUUCUUUGUUAUUAGCAUUUUUAUUCAAGUAAUGUUUAUUUAACAAAAUAGCGAAAUAUAUAAAAUAGUUAUUGAGGAUAGAUAAAGAGCUCAGGCUAUGCUAAAGAAGUUUGAGAUCCAUUGAUAUGGGAAAUUUCUACACUGUAAUGUUAAGGUUGAAAUAAUGAAAUUUAAAACAAUGUUGUAGUAAUUGGAUUUUGUGUAUUUUAAGAUGGUUGCAAGCUUUAAAUUACAAAACAUGUCUGCUCUACAAUUGUAAGAUAAUUAAUUAGAACUAGUGUGUUGAUUGAUUUUAUUUAGUCAAGAAAAUAUUCUCUGCUCUUUAUCAAAUGAAACCAGUAUUGGAUUGUAUUGUUGUGUCUGUCACUUUCAAUCUGUCAUUCCAUUAGGUCAGAGGUCAGAGACCUGAAGUUGUAAGAGGCUUUUUGAAAAAGUAAAUGAGACUCAUUUUGGAAUUAGGGCCUACUAAAUUGCCAAAUUUGAAUUAGUAUUGUGAAUAAAUAUUACUGUAAUUAAAAAAAAAUUCAAAUAAUUUUUAUAUUAUGAAAUAUUAUUAGGUCAUUUAAUAACUGAAUUCAUUUUUUUUAUAGACAAGUGACUUCCCCUGUUACAAUUAUGCUGUCCCUUGUCUAAAGCAGGGGUUUCCAAACUUUUCAGUCCGAGGGCCGCAUUAACUAUCAAAUUUCAGUUCGGGGGCCAAUUUUUCCAAGACAUGUCUUUGAUUAUUCUGGGCAAAGUUCCUUAACCAUCACUAACAAAUGAUUUCUUCGUGGAUGAAAAGAUCUCCGCGGGCCGGAUGAGAGGACUUCGCGGGCCGCAUCCGGCCCGCAGGCCGUAGUUUGGAGACCCCUGGUCUAAUGUAAAAGUUAAAACAUCAUACAGAUGCAACAUAAACUUACAUGUGUACAACUUGACAGGAAGACUAAUUUACUUAACAAAAAACUAAAACACAUUAAAAGUUUCUAAAUUUAAGUUAACAGAAAGAACAUAUAACUCUCAAGUGUCUUAAUCGCAUUAAUUGUUCAGGUAAUCUGCCCUUGCCUGUUGCUCCCUACAUAUUUACAUAGCACAUGUAAUUUAUAAAAAUGCCUCUUAAAAGGUGUGCUGACCACUGCAUUAGUUAAGCCUUUGGACCUUUUCUACUGCUUUCUCUUUAUGUUAAUGGAAAUAAUGGAAUAAAAUAAAAAGUUGGAUCAAAA